AGCCAUGGCAAUCAAAUUCCAACAGGUAUGGUGAAUAUAAAUAAAUUGGUCCGUUUGAUUAGGUCUCCAGACAAAGCGAAAAAAACUCUCCAGAUAGAAGUGAAAAAAACUAAUAAUCAGGAAACGUUUGUCUGGACUGAUGAUUCCCAGGAUGCAGUGGGUGCAGGACAAUGCAGGGGAGUCGAAUGGAACACCUCCUCAACCUCGCAGUGGGCACUCGACUGUGAGUGUGGGUAAAUCGAUGUUAGUGGUGUUCGGAGGCCUUGUUGAUAAAAGGUUUCUGCGAGAUACCAUAGUUUUUGACACUGGUGCCAUGUCGAAGUCUGGAUUUAAAGAAAGGAAAGAACUACAAAAGAUACUGGAGACUGGAUUCUAUCAAGAGCCCAAGAUUUCAUCCAGAUGGAAGGAGAUCACAGAUACAAACAUGCAUUUACUGGACCUGAACCAGAUGCGACAACGGAUGUUCAGAGUCGGAAAUGAGAUUCCUUCCCCAACAUAUGUGAACAUUAUGAAGAGUGAAAACAAACUAUGGUUUGAGCCAGAGUGUACAGGAAAUGAAAGUGAUGGACAAGCAGGACCAGGUCCACGUGCUUUUCAUGUUGCAGUUGCUAUAGACUGUAACAUGUUUAUUUUUGGAGGACGUUCUGGCCGCAAACGGUUGGGGGACUUUUGGAUGCUUGACACAGAUAAUUGGCAGUGGACAGAAUUAUCAGGCUAUGGCGAUCUUCCUCCACCACGUGAUUUUGCUGCUGGUGCAUCUGUGGGCAAUCAAAAACUUGUUAUGUAUGGUGGAUGGGAUGGCACAAAAUGGCUUUCUGAUGUCUACGUUUUGGAUACAAUGUCGCUUGAAUGGAUACAGCUACCUAUUACAGGACCCUCACCACCACCUCGCUGUGGACAUACAGCUACUAUGGUUGAGAAACGCUUGCUCAUCUUUGGGGGUAGAGGAGGAGGUGGGCCAAUCAUGGGGGAUUUAUGGGCUCUGAAGGGUCUAUUUGAAGAAGAAAAUGAAUCUCCAGCAUGGACUCAAUUGAAACUUCCUGGACAAGCGCCUGCUCCUCGUUGUGGCCACACAAUUACCUAUGGAGGCACCCAGCUUUUAGUAUUUGGUGGCCAUGGGACUGGUGGAUGGUUGACACGCUAUGAUAUCUACUACAAUGACUGUAUUAUCCUUGAUAGAGCAUCAGUGCAGUGGAAGCGUCUUGCUAUCAACAAUGAACCUCCACCAGCUCGUGCAUAUCAUUCAAUGACCCGCAUUGAUUCUCGUUUUCUAUUGUUUGGGGGUUACGAUGGAAAGUCUACUUUUGGUGAUAUAUGGUGGCUUGUACCUGAAGAUGAUCCAAUGGCAAAGACUGCACCUUUAUCUCCUAGAAGCCACUUGUCAGCUACGAAAAAUAGUGAACAGAAUCAAGAUUCAUCAUUUGUUGAUGCCAAGGGAACUGAUAAGGAUUUUGUAUCUCCUCUGAGAGAAUUGCGGGAGAAACUUGCACUUCCUGUGGAGGCCGUCCCUGCUUCUGAAUUCAAUAUUCAUGAUGAAUCAAUUGACAGAGAAUUUUUGUCACUAGCAGCAACGCUAGUGCCCAAAGAAUUUGAUAAAAAUCCCGAACAAGGCAUUCUUGUUGAGGCACUACGGGAAUACUGGAAAAAUUCAGCUGCAAGUUCAAUAAGAUUGCAUGAACUAGGUCCUUUGCUUCGUGAUUAUCACCGUCUGAUCUAUCGGUUGCAAGGCCAUGGUAUGUUGGAGUCGAUGGAACUUCACAACAAAUCUAACAAUUCAGCAUUGCAGAUGCACCGGUUUUAUCAUCUAAAGAAUGCUAAUCAGUUGCGUAUGGAUGACAUCCCACAUCUUUUGAAUGAGUACAAGCAGCUAUUAAACUUGCCAUUGGCAAGUAAUCCACCGUACCCUGAUCAGGGGUCACAAUUUGGUAUCUUGUAAACUGGGAAGAGAAAGGAAAAAUCCGGAGUAUAGAUGAUCUAAAAGUCCUUUCAUGAUUGCACUUAUUUCUCUAGCAAGCAUAACACUAUUAGAUGUGAGUGGUUAUUAUUUGUCAUCGGAGAUCUCUGUGAAAUUAUAAGGCUCUGGUCAUUUGUGUAUAAAACAUCCAUGUGUAUGAUGUGGCAGAGGCAUAGAAAAGGAAACCAAUCCGAGAAUUUUCAUGUUGAUGAAUAUUUCCAUUACCUUCGAAUUACUUUUAUUGACAUGAAAUCCUGGAUUAGUUAGCACAUUGUUCAAGUAUUGAUAAAGGAAUGAAUUCAAACCAAUCCACUUGUAUAGUUUUUGAAUAAGCAUGAAGAUAGAAUGGUAAAAUUUAUUUGGUUCCUUCAGUACUAAUUUUGUGCUAAUCUCAAGACCUGGAUGUCUCUUGUCG